AAUUUUUUUUGUCUUACUUAGACUUCCAACUUUUCCCCGAGUUCCCAAUAAUAUUAUUCAGUUCUGGCUUAUAACAAAAUGCCAAUAUAGGUUGAUUUCCUCGACAGAGGAUCGCAAACAAGAGACGGAAACUUUAGCAGACCAUGCGAUCGUCAUUGGUAGCAUCAUGUUUAUUCCUCCUGGUCGUGGAUUUCAGCUCGACAACAGGAUUGGCGUCACCACAAGUGCAAGAUGGCCAAGUUGAAACGGUAGAGGCAGUGCUCGGUGACGGAUUAACGCUGCAGUGCCACCUGCCCGACAUGGAAGAUAAACCCGGUCUGACAAUACGAUGGCAAAGAUGGGCAACGUACCGUGGCGCCGUUCACGACGACGCUGAACUAAAGAGCGAGGGGCUCGUACGGCGUCGCCGCCGCCACCACCACCAUCGCCGCUCCCGCCGCCUCAUCCAUCAGUCUACCGGCUCCGCAUUACGUUUCGCCUCCAUUUCAGAAGAGGACGAGGGCCUGUACAGGUGUGUCGCAUCCAGCAGCGUCGAUAACGUCGGGACUAGCCUCGUCGAAGGAGAUCAGUCGUUGAACGACAGCGAUUCUCACGUAUCAAAGCCGACACUCGAUCAGCUGGACAACGCUACCGACGUUUCAGCUAUCGACGACGUCCAGCAAGCGAGCCAAGGAGGGGCGGCAUUAACGAGUAGUAUUACUGCUACAUCCACCACGUCGACAGUGUACGGAUCGUUCAUCUACUUACGCAUUCAAGUGGCUGCCGUCUUGACGGACUACCCGGAAUCGCCUGUUUUGAUCCACCCGUUGCGGCAACAGCGACGACAGCAACGUCUCAAGUGUUUGGCUUUUGGCCAUCCGACGCCCGUCAUCCACUGGCGAAUCAUCAGCAACGACAGCAGCGCGCACCAGGUGCGUUUGGUCGAAGAAGAAAGGCAGCAAAUCAAACGGGCUGAACGAGGUUACGUUCGCUCUGCAGUUGCAAUCGAGUGGGAGAGCGGACAGGAGGAAGACGAGCAGGAGGCAGAGGAGGACGACAGCUGGCGGCAGACGAUUAACGUGACUUGUUCAGCUAGGAACACUAUUGGACGUCAAACGCACACCGACACGCGAAUGUUCAACUUGGAAAGAGUCCGCCCGGCGGACGUGAGAGGUGAACAAGAAGAUGAAGCCAAUGAUAAUCAAGCGGGGGCCGGAUAUUGCGGCCGCUACACGGGCCAUAUUUGCCGCGGCCAGUUGAGCAAUCCGUCGUCCGUCUGGUACAACAUCAGCAGCAGCGACCAGACGGGCGGUUGGCUCAACGAGCAGCUCGUCCACGGACUCUGGGACGAAGUCGUCCGCACUUUGCGAGAGCCCUGCCAAUCAGCCGCAAAGAAAUUAUUGUGCUUGUACGCGUUUCCCGAGUGCCAUCUAGACGAAGAUGGAUUUGCACGCAAGUUGCCUCUUUGUUACGAAGAUUGCAUGGCGACGAGGCAGCUCUUCUGCGUCGACGAUUGGGCUCAGCUGGAAAGCAACAAACAACGGGGAUUCUACCUCGGUUCCAGGGGUCACUUCCGCCUGCCCAAAUGCGAGAAAUUGCCCAGGAUGAGAUCGCGUAGCUUUUUCAUGUCCAGCAGCGGUAGCAAGUACGGCCAAGAUCCGCCCAGUUGCUCGCGUGGCCAUUUGACUCAACUCGUUCCAGCCGAAGUGACCACGUCGUGCGUCAAAGGACGCGGCCGAUUCUACCAGGGGAACGUGAGCGUGACGAAGGAAGGGAUCGCCUGCCAGCGGUGGGACGCCCAGGAGCCGCACUCGCACAACCGCCCGCCUCUCAACAUCUUCCCGGAGAUGCAGGGAGCCGAAAACUUUUGCCGGAACGCGGGCGGAGAGGAGCCGAAGCCGUGGUGUUAUACGACGGACCCGCUGGUCCGGUGGCAACACUGCGACAUCCCGCAAUGCGGUCGUUCAGAGGUCGAAGUGACUCUGCUUCCAAUGGAAGCCACUUUCACUCCCGGAUUUGUUCUGCUGCUGGCCGGAGUCGGUUUCCUCUCGUUACUCAUCUUCCUCCUGUUUCUACUCUUGUGCCAGAGGGCCUUGAAGCACAAACAAGGCUACCAGCUUCCUUCGUUACAAAAAGAAUCGAUCGACUUGCAGAAGCUGCGAGACAACUCGACCUACCAGUGUGUCGGCGCCCGCAUCGAUCCGUCGCUGGAGAAACUCGAAUAUCCCCGCAACGACAUCAUCUACAUCAGAGACAUUGGCCAAGGAGCUUUUGGCCGCGUCUUCCAAGCUAAAGCUCCUAACCUGGUGAAAGGUGAGCCGUGCACAAUCGUGGCCGUCAAGACACUUAAAGAAGAAGCGGACGAUGAGAUGUGCGCGAAUUUCGAGAAGGAAGCUUGCCUAUUGGCCGAAUUGGACCAUCCCAACAUAAUCGGCUUGCUGGGCGUCUGCGCCGUCGGCAAGCCCAUGUGUCUCUUACUCGAAUUCAUGGAGCUGGGCGAUCUCAGGCAGUACUUGCGCUCCUGUUGCCCGUCCAAUUACAUCGCCAUCCCCGAAUCGUCGGCUUCGUCCAACGUCGACUUCAAGGACGUCAAACUCAAUGCUGCCGAUCUGACGAGCAUGGGCCGGCAGAUCGCCGACGGCAUGCUCUACCUCUCGCAGAGGGGAUUCGUCCACCGCGACCUGGCCACCCGCAACUGUCUCGUCAGCUCCAACGGGCCGCCCAGCAGCGGCGGAGGCGUCACCGUCAAGAUCGCCGAUUUCGGACUCUCUCAGAGGGUCCACUGGCAACAGUACUACUACACGGGCACCGACAACGACGCCAUACCCAUACGGUGGAUGCCGCUCGAGAGCAUCAUCUUCAACCGAUACACGACGUCCUCAGACGUCUGGGCUUUCGGCGUCUGCCUCUGGGAGAUCUUCUCCUACGCCCAGCAGCCCUACCAGGGCAUGUCGCACGAGGAGGUCGUCCGCUACUUGCAGUCGGGCGGCAUGCUCCAGCCGCCGGCACACGCCUCCUGCGCCAUCUACGCCGUCAUGCGGUCCUGCUGGCACAGCUCGGCCAACGAGCGGCCCAGCUUCGUCGAGCUCCACGACGAGCUCGUCGCCAUCGAAGAGGCUCUCUGCUGCCAACCUCGUCCGGCUUCGGACCCACCUCCAGUUCACCUUUGAACAGUUAUUUUUUCUUUUGUUUCUCACCUCUAAAAAAAAAAACAAAGAAAAGAAAAAAAAAAAAAACAGUCAUGCCAUCCUAUUUUUUUUUUUUUUUUUUUUUUUUUUUUAAAUCUGCUAUAUCAUAGUAUAUUUAAAUUACUUCCAAACCUUUUUCUUUUCUAUCAAGCACUCGCGUUACACUGCACAACGUCAAUCAUAUCAUAUUUCAUUUUUUUUGUUUUUGUAUUCCAGUCAUAGCGCCUUCGGCUAACGCAUUAUGUUUGUGCUAAGAGCGAAGAUAUGAAAGAAAUCUCUGUUUGGGUCUGAUGUGCAUGUAGCAUUAACUUUUGUGUCCCAUUGUUCUCGUCUUGUAGAGAAAAAAAACCACAACUUGGCAAUGAUCUCUUGCAACAGUCAACUCUGCUUUUAUUUUCUGUUUUGGUGUCUUUAUUUCUAUUUUUGGGUUUGUUUUUGCUGUACGAUGUACCGUAUAUUGGUAACAGUUGUCUAAUAAGUAAGACGUUUACAAUUAUCGAUCUUGCUGGCAGAGAAAUGGAUGUAUCGACUCACUGUUAGUCAAUAGAUUCUUUUUUGCAAUA